AUGUUUUCAAAUACUGAACAAGUCGAUCAUGUUCAUUUUAAUUUAACACUUGUUCGACAUGCUGAAACACAUGCUAAUGCUGAAGGUAUUAUUCAAGGUUUGCUUGAUACAGAGUUAUCUAAUAUUGGUUAUCAACAAUCGAAAGCACUUGGUCGAUAUUUGCAAUAUCACCAUUUUUCACAUAUUUAUUCAAGUGACCUAAAACGAUCUUUAGAAACAGCACGUCAAAUUCAUCAAUUAAAUCGUGUAUCAUCAUGUAAAAUUAAAUUCGAUAGUUUAUUACGUGAAAGAAUGUUUGGUAUUGCAGAAGGACGAACACGUCGAUGGUUACAUGAAUUAGCAAAAGAGAAUGGCAUUCCUUAUAUUAAUUUCACACCUCCUGGUGCUGAAACAACUGCCCAAGUGCGUGAACGUGCUAUAAAAUUUUUUCGAAAACUAUGUCAAGAAAUUUUUAUUAAAUUUGGUACAUUCAAUUUAUUAACAAAACAAGAUACUACACAAUGUUCAACAUGUAAUGUUUCGACAGAAAAUUUAUUUAUUACUCAAAAAAGACUACAAGAUUCGAAUAAAAAACGUUCAAUAUCAAUAGAAAAUAUUCACAAUCAAUUAAAAAACCAUAUUAUUUUAACAAGAUCAUGUCGAUCAACAAUCGAUUCAACCAUGGAUCUUUCAUCUUUAUCAAAUAAUAGUAAUAGUGAAAAACAACGAAUUUUAAACAAAACUUUGAAACAUUCCUCAUAUGAAAAUCAUUUUUCUGACCUUGAUGUACUUGUUGUUAGUCAUGGAUCUGUUAUACGUGAAUUAAUUAAAUAUUUUGCACAUGAUUUACAAACAGAUAUCGGACAACAUAUAGAUACUAUACAAGAACUAGCACCAAAUGCAUCAGUGACACGUUUUCAUGUAAUAUAUUCAAUAAAUGAACAGUUAUUACCAACAACAACAGUUGAACUUAUUGAUUAUCAUAAUAAAAAUCAUUUAAUUAAUAUAGAUAAUGAAGAAUUUAAUUUAGACACAACUAAUAAAUGA